UCUAAACACACAAAUUCUAUAUCUUCAAUAUCUCCUCUUCCACACAUUACUUAGUUCUUUUCAUUCAUAUCAAAACAUACAACCAUGGAGAUGAGUUUAUUGUCGGAGUGCAAACAAUCUUCUUCUCUCACUUUCUUGGCUCUCUUCAACUUGUUCCUGAUCAGUUUUGGGAGGUGGGUUUCUUCUGCUCGCAUCUUUCUGUCCAGUUUCUUGCCUCUUCUUCAACGUGUGAGGAACCAAGACCAGAGUGUGAUCACAAACAUAGCAGAGCAAGAAGAAGAAGAAGACCAAUAUGAUUAUCUCUUUAGAGAAGACGCAGAGACGGUCAUUGUUGGACAUGGGUUUUACCCCCAACAAGGCCUAUUUACUCGGGACCGCGGUUACACGACCACAAGGUUGAGAGUCUUGCGGAUACUCGGACGUGGAGGAGAAGAUUCAUCUCGCUUCCCUUUGCAACUCUUUGUCGAUCAUAAUUUCGAGUUGAGGGAAGAUACACAAGUGGAGGCUUUUGGUCGGCACACGGCGCAGUUUCUCGCUGAGAGCUCAUCACAUUGCCAUGCAUGGCUUACUCGCCGAGCUAUAGUUCUUAGGCAUGGGUUUGAUAAACUCGCCUUUUACAAGGCACGAGUUAUACGCCGAAGCACGAACUACGAUUGGCUUGAUCCCCUUUCGGGACCUCUCCUAAUCCCACCAUCGAAAUCAGUCUACCCCUACGAAGCACCGAUUUCGGUUCAAACAGUCAUGAGAAGUCUUGGUCUUUCGCCCGACCAAGAAAGCGACGACCUUAAAGAACGGUACAGUUCCAAGGAGAUGUCGAGUUUGUUCGAAGAGAAAGAAGCGAGUUUAGAGGAAGUGAAGCAAGCUUUCGAUGUGUUCGAUGAAAACAGAGAUGGCUUCAUCGACGCUACAGAGUUGCAGAGAGUUUUGACAAUCUUGGGUUUCAAAGAAGGAUCUCACCUAGAGAACUGCUCGGUUAUGAUCAGAUCAUUAGAUGGAAACAAAGACGGAAGAAUCGACUUCAACGGAUUUGUUAAAUUCAUGGAGAGUAGCUUCUGCUAAAGAAAUCGCAUAUGAUUAUUAAUUCUUUUCACCAAAUGUAUUAUUUUGUUCGUUUUACACUACUUUGCUUUCUUAAUUCUUAUCACUUCUGCGUCUUAGGAUGAGAUUGUGUAUGUUAAAACCUGUACGGGUUAAAACAAACAUGGUUGUUGUUGUCACUUGCCACUACUAAUCCAAGGACUUUUUAGUAA